UCGAGAUCGACUUCGCCAGAGUUCGAGCGUUCUCGGCCAGGUUGACCACAUACUGGCCCUGUGAAGCGACGAUAGCCUCUAUACCCUGCAAACGCUGUGUACUCGGGAAUACCUCACCCCAUCAUGACAGAAUACUGGGUCUCCAAGAAGCAAUACUGGUGCAAAUACUGCAACAUCUUCAUCCGAGACGAUGCACCUUCCCGGUCACAUCACGAGAAUGGUCUUCGGCAUCAGGGUAACAAGGAUCGGUUCUUGCGGAACAUCUACAAGACCGGCGAGAAGUCUGUCAGGGAGAAGGAGGAUGAGGCGAGGAUCAUGAAGAAGAUCGAGCAGCAAGCACUAGCUUCCCAUACCGCUGCUCAACCGAAAGACGAUUCCGAAUCCGAGCCAUCCUCCUCUCGCCCUCCACCACCUCCGAAGAAGACUGACAAAUUCUCCAACUACUCUACCGCUGCUUCUCUCGGCUACGUCGAUACUCAGGCCGAUAUCGAUGCUGCCAAGGAAGCCGCCGAGGCCGAACGUAAGAAGGUCGGACAGGCUGGACAAUGGGAGACGGUAGCGGUCUACGAACCCCCGGUCGACGAGGACGCAGAGAUAACUCAAUCCACUUCCGGCUUACCCAACAUUCUCGGUGGAGGUGGGGAGGAAGAAGACGUCCGCAACUUUGCAUUCGACACCCCUUCCGCAGAAGCUGGCCCGUCGACCAAACGACGGAAACGGGAUGUAUACGAUGACGAAGGGUUCGAUCCGGACGAAUUGUUGAAGAAGGCCCGGUACAAGCAGGAGACGAAACGACAGCAAGAGGAGCGAGAGGCUCGGGAGAAGGAAGAGAAGGGUCUGAAUCGGGAAAAGUGGAAGGGGAUCGUCCUGGGUCUUGAUGGCAAGCCGAUCACGAAAGCCGAAGAGACGCAGUCGGACCUCAAAAGAGAGGAGGCUUCGCCUGAUCAGUCUGUCGAUGCGCCAGCAGCACCGGACUAUGCUUCAUCGGAUCAACAGGACAGCAAGCCUGCGGUAGAAGACGAAGACGCAAAGCCGAAAGUCGAGCAGAAUAGCCUAUUCAAGCGACGCCGGCCGAUGAACGCGAAUCGGAGUACAAGGCAGAAGUGAUCCGUCGAGUCAUUACUCAGACUGUCGAGUUGUAUAACCUUCGAAUGACGACAUUGUCAACCUAUACUACAUCUACACCCGCAUCCUGAAGGGCAUAACACCGCAUCACCUUCUCCUUGUACAACAUCGUAACCUUCCGACAUGUUCAGAGCACUUUGCGUCCGAGGUUGUAGACCGAUACGACGAUCGGAAUCUGGUGCUGGUGACGGCGAACCACGUCGUCUUGUUGCGGUCGUCCAUGGUUGCGAGUCUGCUGGCGAAUCUGAUCGCCUCGUCUUUGCCCUAGGCGGUAACGUAGUUACGCAUACCAUGUUCU